CCGAGAGCGGGCAUCGUCGGCAGAAGGGCGAGGGGAGAGGAACCGAAGUAUCUCGCGAAGCGGCGGACCCUCGCCGCGCUCUCUUCACUCGUGUUGUGGCGCCGACGAGGUGCACGCGGACCGUUCCCGUUGUCCAUCGGUCGUCAGUGCCGGCACAGGUGGUGGGUGUACGCACACGGAACGUCUCGGUUCUCUUCCGGUAGUCACCGAGGCGCGCAGAGGCAGAAGAGGAAGUACUUGAGUCGUCGAGUUCUCUCCACGCGCAGCGAGCACCAGUCAUGGGCGGAUAUGCAUGGGUUACACUGGCUACGAACGAUGCCUACUCCCUGGGGGCGCUGGUCCUGGCGCACUCGCUACGCCGGGUCGGCACCAAGUACGAGCUGGCCUGUCUGGUCACUCCCGGAGUCACGGCGACCAUGAGGGAAAAAUUGUCAGCAGUAUUCUCCUUGGUGCAGGAAGUCAAUGUUCUCGACUCGAAGGACGAGGCGAACCUGGCCUUGCUGGCCAGGCCAGAGUUGGGCAUCACUUUUACCAAGUUGCACUGUUGGAGGCUGACUCAGUACGAGAAGUGUGUAUUCGUUGACGCAGACGCGCUUGUCGUACGAAAUUGCGACGAGUUAUUCGAGCGAGAGGAAUUAUCGGCCGCGGCCGACGUCGGAUGGCCCGAUUGCUUCAAUUCCGGAGUGUUCGUAUUCAGGCCGUCUCAACAAACGUUCGCGUCAAUCACCGCGUUUGCCGCCGCCAAGGGCUCGUUCGACGGCGGCGAUCAAGGCUUGCUGAACAUGUACUUCAGCGACUGGGCCACGAAGGACAUCUCCAAGCACCUACCGUUCAUCUACAAUAUGUGCUCCACCGCGACGUAUUCCUAUCUUCCCGCAUUUAAACAAUUCGGCGACGACGUGAGAAUAAUACACUUUAUCGGCAUAACGAAACCGUGGUUACAGUAUUUCGAUACCCUGACCGGCACCGUCCAGCCGCCAUCGGGAUCAGUCCACUUGCAACCGCUGUUGCAACUGUGGUGGAACUUAUUCUGCGAGCGAGUGCAUCCCCAACUGUCGCCCUCGAUGGCCACCAGCACAUUGGCUCCAAUUUGGCACGCAUUUACUCCUCCGUCCUAUGUACCCCCCUUUCCCAAGAUCUCCGAUGCGACAGACCGCAACACGCACAGCUCUCGGAUGCCGGAUUUCUCCGAGUUUAAAGAUCCCUGGGAGGAAUAUUCUCCGCGAAACGAUCCACUUUCGGCCGACGAUAGCGCAACGAGUGAUAAGGGCGAGAACUGUUACUGCGGAAUGAAAUACGAAGGAGCGGACGCUGCUCGUCAAGGCGAUCGCAGCGCGGCCCAACUCGCGCACGAUCAACAAUUUCAGCAACAGCAUUCUUCUUAUACACCCGUUCAAGCGUACGACCAACAUCAAGAGCACGCGACUUCUCAUCCCGGAGAGAAUCGCGAUCAAGAGCAGCACAGUGAACAUCAUCACUGGCAGCAACGCAGCGAGCAGAGACACCCCGUUGAACAGCACCAGCGUAAUGAACAGUGGACUGAACAGAGACAUCAGCAUGCGCAGCACCAGCAUCACGAGCAAAGGUAUCCUAAUGAGCAGCAACAUUACAACGAGCAAAGACAAUAUAGCGAGCAUCACCAGUUUCAUCAACAUGACUGGCACAGAAGUAAGGCGGACGAUCAUCAUCAGCAUCGACCGGUUCAAGAAUUGUUACAAUCCGCCGAGAUGAGGCACGAGACUCGCGCGCAGCAUCACGAUAAUCAAACUAGUCAUCGAAAUGCGGACCAUCCGAGUCACAUUGUUCCUCACAACCAGUCCCAGCGUACCGAUAAUCAAGAUGCUCGGGACGACUUGGCAUCUCAUUGCUUUCGAUGCAACGAAAAGAGUAGCGAGCAGGCGUUGGAGGCUGCGAAUGAGCAGACAGACGCGCGGAGAAUCGAUUUCCUUCCUCCCCCUCCCGCACCUUGUACAGAUCUCCACAAUGUAGCCACGCGAUCUGACCCGAAUGUAACGGAACAUCUAGACAAUGCAAAUGCGGGUAUCGCCGGCGCUCUGGCUCAACUGACGUUGGGCGAGGCGAGGAGCGUCGAGCAAGUGGCCCUGGAGGAGCACAUGAGGAAGCAGAGCUGGGAGCAAGGGCAGAUCGACUAUUUGGGUCGCGACAGCUUUGACAACAUAUGGAAGAAGAUCUGCGAGACGCUCUCCUUCGCGCCGCAACGACAACCAACUCCGCCUAAAGAGGACACCGCUACUUUGAAGACUACUGCGAAAGAGACUGCUACAAAAGAGACUGCCGUGAGAGAGACCGCUGACGCAUCUGCAGAUGUCAAAGUGGAUAAACCAGCCGUUGAAGCGGACAAGGAUCCAAUGCAAACUCUAGUAUGCGAGGUUUCCAAAGAGGAGAAGCUUUCGGCGACGCAAAUCCCCGAGCAGAAAGCACCCGCGUUAUCCUCCGAGAAAAGUAUCACGGUAGAAGCUGCCGAGGCGAAAGUACCCAGCGAGCCGGCACAAUUGGCAGACGCUUGUGCGAAACCGACGACCGAGCCAAAAGAUGUAAAGUCGUGCGAAAUCUGUACCGAAGUGCCUGCGCCGCAGCCACCGGCGGAAUCGCUGCCCGCGAGAACAACCGCGGAGCAAUGCGUGCUCGCGAGUCCGCAGGAAGCGGCGCCUCAAGGCGUGAGUCUUUUCCUCGAGGCAAAGGAACCGCCACAAGUUGACUCGCAAACGUCCCUCUUGACUUGUAGCUUGCCUGUGCAAGAAGCAGCUACGCCGGUCACGCAAACCGGCGGCACCGAGUUAGCGUUCGAGGCGAAACCGGAGACCCCGGCUGCUCAAGACGCGACGCAACCCGCAGCUCCGAUUAGCUUGGGCAGUCCGCAGGUCAUCGCCAUAGCUUCUCCCGUAGCGAGCGAAACGCCAGUAGAAGACAUUGCGAAACGUGCAGUCGAAUUCGCGCCCGACGUAACGCAGCCUCUCACGAUAGACCCGAGCGAGCGGCACGCGGAGAUGCUGUUAGCGGCUUCCGAGAUCUCCACUGUGAGCCCCGUGCCUAUUCAGGUGGCGGAGUCGGUUCUUCAGGCUGAGCCCAAGGAGUCCGUGUUGGGCGCAGCUGUGGCCGUGAGCGAUCAAGCGAUCGCUACGACGGUCACAGCCGUGCACGAGUCCACGGACGUCGUUCCUGCGCCGAUCCCGAUGGAGUCCGUUCAGUUGAACGGGUCAGCCUGCGAAGUCGAGAGAUGCGGUGACGUCAUGAGAGAUGCGGCUCUGGUCCCCGGUCUACCGGAAAAGACCGAUGCUCCUACUGAGGCGGCCAAGGAAUCAGCGAGCGACUUGGUUACCAUCAAAGAACUGCCAUCAGAGGCACUGCCGGCUAUUGAAGGCGAGAUAUUAACCAGUAGCGGCGUGGUGCCCUCAGAAACAUCAUCCGUGAAAGAAUCAGCGGAACAGGUUACGAGAACAGAAGCGGCAGAAGCGAAGCCUUCAGAACAGAUUGUAAAGACCGAAACGGUGGAGGCGAAGCCCGCGGAACAGAUGGGAGAGGCAGAAGUGCAGCCUCCGGGGCAGAUUACGAAGACGGAAGCGGUUGCGAAACAAGCGGAGACGGCCGUGCCAGCUGAAACAACAGAAUCAACAUCUACCGAACGAGCCGCCGAAGUAGCGGAAACCGCUGCCGAAGUGGCGAGGCCGCCGAGCGAGGUUCCGGAGUCGCCGAUCGCCGAGCAGAGUUCGCCGAUGGAAGGACCCAUUGAAGCGAAGCCGCCGAACGUCCCGUCGACGCCGACGGUCACCGAGGCCACGCCGCCGACCAGUCCGUCCGCGGAGAGCGCGCAGGAGACGGAGGAGGCGGUCGCGAAGAAGAGCUUGAAGAAGUCCGACUCGACGGACGGCGCCGAGGGGGAGGGCGCGGACAAGAAGGCGGGGAAGAAGACGGUGAAGAAGGUGACGAAGAAGCCGAAGAAGCCCGAAGAGGCGGCGCCCUCGGCCGCGGCGGAGGGCGCCGCCGCGGACGGCUCUCAGGGCAAGGCGAAGAAGCCCGUGAAGACAACGAAGAAGACCGGCACGAAGGGCCUGGAGGCCGACACGAGCGUGCCGGAGACACCGCCGCCGCCGACCACGUCGGCCGCGCCUGUUCCGCCCAAGCGGAAGACAAAGGGCCCGAUCGGCAAGAAACCCGAGACGGAGGAGUAGCCGGUCGAUCCAAGCCGACAAAUGGUCUCGAACAGCGCCGGGAGUCUGAGAGGCCGGAAGACGUUCGAGGGGAAGAAGAAGAAGAAGAAGAAGCCUUCAAACGUGUGCGCGCUGAGCAUCUCAAGAGGAGAACUUUAAUCCUUUCGAGACUUCGCGUUCUUAGAAGACUAAGUAUUUCCGCGCAUGCUCUUUUUUUACGAUUUUCCCGAGAUAAAAGAUUCGCCGUGAGAUUCCCGAUCGGUGAUCUUUACCAGCUGCAAAGUGUAGUAGUCACGAAGUGUAGUCGCGACAUAGUCCAAACGCUGUCUCGGAAGGAUUGAAGGGUCCCGUCAGAAGAUCGCACUCGCUAGUCUGUUACGGUUUUUCCUUUUUUUUUAUACUUUUAAUAUAAUAUAUAUAUCUCGCGAGAGUUUCUAUAUCGCCGUUGAGCUUCGAUACCGCGCCCGCACCGCGGGGGUAUCGAGCGAUACCGAGAGUUUAAGAGCCGCGUUAAAUACUCCACCUGUCCUUUUCUUUUAAUUAACGAAAUACUCGCUUCUCUCCCCCUCCCCCCUGUGGCUUGUUCCUACCUGUUUGUAAUUAUCGUUUCCUCGAAUCAACGUUGCUCGGGACGAGGGUCUCGCACGUCUUGAAACGACGACGAGCCUGUGGUCUCGAGCGACGUGAGUUCGAGUGUCUUGUCGCGAGCGAGCAUUUGCAUAUUUGUUAUUCGCUUCAACGAAUCCGAUGAUGGAGCCUGUCGCGAGAAGGAAAGCGGGGGAUCACCAUCUGUGAUUGAUUCUGUUGCGCGAGGGUACGCUUUUCUUUUACGCGAUUCGAACGCGGCGUCAGGAUCGUGUCGCCGGUGCCAUGCAGUCCGAUGCUUCUGAGACCACCGACGAGGGAGAGAAAGAGAGAGAGAGAGCCCUAUGUUUUAUUUACACGUGUGCGUGUGUGAGUGUGUGUGAGCGUGUGUGUGUUUACAGUGCACGGAGUCCUAUCAUAACUGCAUCGAUCGAGCGAGACGAUAAAUGAAAGGAAGGUCCACUUGCCUCGCGGAAUCAAUAAUCAAUAAUUAUUGUAAUGUCAUCAGGAAACGAGAGGCAGAGCGAGAGAGUCGGAGAGCAAUGCUAAUUUAUUAUACGCCACGAGAGCAUUAUAAGCAAUACGAGAAUGGCAACUGAGAUAUUACGUGAGAGAUCUGAGCGGCUCAUCUUUUGUAUACUCAAAUAUAUUAUAUAUUAUAUAUAUUAUAUAUUAAAUUAUAUUUUUCAGUGUGUAUUUUUACUCUGUCUUGUUGAUACUUCUGAAAAAAAGAUAAAGAUGUUUCGCCUUAUCCACAUGUAUGUAUAAAUAACAAAUUUCUUACUCUAAUUUAGAUUUAAGCAGGUCAAACGGUUCUUUCUCAAGUGCACGGGGUAUCGAUCUGUCCGGAAGAGCCACGCAACUCGCUGCAAAAUAGCAUAACGCAACUGAAAGCUUUUUAAUAAUGAUGAAGAGAAAAAGGCUUUGCCGAUCCGUUCGCGGGAAGUAAGUUGUAGGAGAUACUCCAAAGACGCAGUGUAAGAUUUGUAACGAGACUUAUCGCCAAUAAAACACGUGUCGUCAAUGAGGAA